AUGUCAGACGGCGCAUGGUUGCUGUCUUUUGGGAAAUACCUGGAGUUACUCGCCUACUCUCCAGACAUUAUACGACUCACGUCGCCGAUCUGCGAGCACACUGAACUUACAUCAGUCGAUGAAAAGGACCUCCUCCGCUGUCGCUCCAAUAUCGAUCAUCACUUCGGUUUCAAGGACUCUGUCGUUGUCUUUACGAUGUCGCCGGUUCAAGAUGUCUACGAAAUCCGCAUACCGCGUGUUCAGAUUACAAAGGCCCGUGCAUUGACGGGUCAAGAAGAGCGAGACACUAUUCGAGAUCGCUGGCAAAGCAAGGAGCGAGAUAAGCUGAGAUUAGAAAUAACCAUGUGGUGGAAGGACGUCAAGCAGCAUAUUGGAAAUCUUGAAGAUAUGCUCGAUAGCGAAAAUGCAGACCCAACUCGGAAGCCCCUCCCGCCGUCUCCGCCAUCCGAUACGGACGACAUGCCCACGCCAAAGCCCCCCAAGAAGGAUUUACCAGAUGAUUCGACCUCCGCCAUCCAGAAGAUACAGACUCCAUCUGUCUCCUCAAUCUCCACUUCCUCUACUGCCUCAUCUGCUUCCUCUUUGGCUUUGCUCACUAAUCUACGCCAAGCAUUUACUGCAACGGAACAAUCACUCUACAGUGCCCUUAACACGACGCCAGUCAAUCGUAUCAACGAUGUGCGACGGAUGUUUCUUUCAACAUCCAAAGCCGCAGAAAAUCGACUCGCGGCAUGGGAGAAAAAGCAUGCCAAUGGCCUCGUUGCAAAGCAGGGUUAUAAGGAGCCUGAUUGGUGGAGCAACGGCUCCUAUGCUUUGCCCGGAGGGAGUAUCAUCGUCAAGGAAGGAGAGUGGGCGAGUAUCAUUGCAUUUACUCUCAGCGCUUCGGAUUACCUCCAAGAACUAUACGAUAUGAACAAACCACGCGCCGCUAGCUCGGCUGCAUCCGAAGUCGGUUCGCUUGCUCCUACCGACUCGACUUUCACAGCAGGCUCUCACAAGACGUCUGGGGCUGAAUCCGUAGUCAGCAAUGCGACAUCUGUGGAGACAGCAGUUACUUCACUAACAGGUCUUGUCGCUCAUGUACAAUCUCUUGCGACCGCCAAACCAACCCCUGCAGCUUUGGACCCGGACGACGAGUCUCAAGCUGCACAAUGGCACGAACCAGAAGGAAUGAGCACACAUGCGUCGCGGCAUGACAAUCCUCGUGAUGGUUCUAAUAUCCUCUCUCUCAGAGACGUUUUACGAAACAAGGCUCCUGUGGAUACCGCGUCACUCACGUCUCGCUUCUCUGGCAUUACAAAUACAGCCUCUGCAUCCAGCUCGAAGCUGGGUUCAAAGGCACCUCCGUCUGCGUUUAGUGCAGCAUCGCUGGAUAUGGCGACACAACAAGUGCUCGGCACGAUGGCGCCACCGACUCCUGAUGCAGCUGAUACCAUCGAGAAGUUGCUCCAGGACGCGGGGGGUGACGAUUACAGUCCCGUCGACUCCACACGGCCAGAUGAAGGGGAAGGAACAAUCAAAGCGUCCCCGAAGGCAAACCUCCCUGCUCAAAGUGCCAAUUCAGCGCCAAUCUCGACUCAAUCUUCAUUCGCUAUUCCGCCUGCUGUUCCUCCCAAGGACUUUUCGACGCCGGGAACAUCGGCAGUGUCGACACCGACCGUCGAGAAGACUCUCAGUCAGAUCACCUCCCAGAGUAGUCAGUAUACUGGUAACACAAAAGGAAGCAGUACUCCGACGGGGCCAUCUCAAAGCGGCAUGUCGACACUGGCAAUGGGGACGCUAACAUCGACCAUCGCAAACGCCAUGCGUUUUGUACUGUCCGUCGGUGGCAAGGAAAACGAGGAGCGACCACUUCCGAACCUCCCUCACCAUGGACUAUUGACUAUGGAGUCUCCAGAUAUCGAUUCCAAACCGCAUAUUCGCUACGAAUGUGUCGUGGGCAAGCGGCUCAAAGUCAGCUGUACUGUCUACUAUGCCAAGCAAUUUGACUCGUUAAGGCGACGGUGCGGAAUCGACGAGAUCUUUAUUCAAAGCCUCAAACAAACGGAAAAUUGGGCUGCGGAAGGUGGCAAAAGCAAGGCCAACUUCUGGAAGACGACAGAUGACCGAUUCAUUAUCAAGACUCUGGUGGAUGCAUGGAACGUUGCUGAUCUACAAGUACUCACCGAACUCGGCCCUUCGUAUUUCCGUUACAUGGACAAGACAUCCAAGAAACCAUCCGUGAUGGCGAAGAUGCUAGGGUUCUACACCGUAGAGUUGAAGAACCCCGAGACAGGGGUCGUCCAAUCCAAGACAGACUUGUUGAUCAUGGAAAACCUAUUCUUCGAGAGGAGAGUAGACCAAGCAUUUGACCUCAAGGGCAUUGAGGGUCGCAAGGUGAAGCCCAACAGUAAGGGUGGCCAGAGUCAAACUCUUUUCGACGGGGAAUGGUUAGAAGGCCAGAAGAAGGCGCUCAUUCUACUUCACCCACAUUCUAAGACGGUUUUAGAGGAAGGCAUCCAUGAAGAUUGCGAAUUCCUAGCUCAGUCAAAUAUCAUGGAUUAUUCACUGCUUCUUGGUGUGGACUCGGAGCAAAAGCAUAUUGCUUGUGGUCUUGUUGACACGAUAGGGAGCUACACAUUUGCGAAGACUUUGGAAUACAAAGCCAAGCAGAAUAUCAGGAAGGAGGUUACUGUCAUACCACCCAACGAGUAUCGCGACCGCUUUGUCAAGGCAAUCAACUCGUACUUUGUCGCCUGUCCCGAUAAAUGGUCUCACCCCGGACCGGAUUAUGUAUUUCCUGACUCCCUACCCAGUGUCUUAUAG